AUGUCUACUAAUCGUUGUUGUGUUUUAGCGUGUAUUAUGGCUGAUAAUAAAACAAAUAAAAUGGAAGAAGUUAGUAUAAUUAAUAAUUUGAUGGCACAGAUGACAUUAGAAGAAAAAUUAGGCCAAUUAAAUUUAAUAACCGUUGGUGAUGGUUCAGUUAAUAAUUUAGGAAAAGGUAUUACAAAUGAACAUUUAGAUAGUAUUAAGAGUGGACAUGUUGGUGGUAUUUUAAAUAUUUGGACAUCGAAAUUCAUACGUCCAUUACAAGAAUUAUGUAUAAAUAAUACACGUUUAAAGAUUCCAUUACUAUGUGGUUUAGAUAUUAUUCAUGGUCAUCGAACAAUAUUUCCAAUUAAUUUAGCAAUGUCAUGUAUGUGGGAUAUGAAUUUAAUUGAACAAAGUGCACGUAUAGCAGCAAAAGAAGCCGGCAGUGAUGGUUUACAAUGGACAUUCUCACCAAUGGUUGAUAUUUCACGCGAUCCACGUUGGGGCCGUGUAGCCGAAGGUGCAGGUGAAGACCCAUACUUAGGUAGUCAAAUAGCUAUGGCAAUGAUACGUGGUUAUCAGCAAGAUGAUUUAAGUAGAAAUGAUACAAUAAUGGCAUGUGUUAAACAUUUUGCACUUUAUGGUGCGUGUGAAAGUGGUAGAGAAUAUAAUACAGUUGAUAUGUCACAAGUAAAAAUGUUUCAAUAUUAUUUACCGCCGUUUGAAGCAGCUGUAAAAGCUGGUGUUCAAAGUCUUAUGGCAUCAUUUAAUGAAAUCAAUGGUAUACCAGCAACAGCAAAUAAAUGGUUAUUGAAUGAUCUACUGAGAAACACAUGGAAAUUUAAUGAUUUAAUUGUUAGUGAUUAUGGAGCAAUAUUAGAAUUACAAGCACACGGUUUAGUUGGUAAUUUACAAGAUGCUAGUACACAAGCAUUAAAUGCAACGGUUGAUUUUGAUAUGGUGUCAUUUGGGUAUUUAAAAACAUUAGAAAAAUCAUUGAAUGAUGGAAAAAUUGAUCAAAAUCAAAUUGAUCUGGCAUGUCGACGAAUUUUAAUGGCAAAAUAUCGUUUAGGUUUAUUUGAUGAUCCUUAUCGUUAUUGUAAUGAUAAUAAUGCAAAUAUACCAUCCAACGAACAUCGUCUUUUAGCUAAAGAAAUAGCGAAAAGGUCAUUUGUUUUAUUAAAAAAUGAUAAACAAAUAUUACCAUUAAAUUGUAAUAGUAGUACAAAAAUUCUUUUAACUGGUCCAUUAGCAAUGGAUAAACGAAAUCUUUUAGGCAGUUGGUCAGCUGGUGGUUUAGCAGAGGAAACAGUAUCAAUUUAUGAAGGAAUUAAACAUCUUUUAAAAACUUCGUCUAAUCUUAUUUAUUCUAAAGGUUGUAAUUUAAUAGAAGAUCCAAGAAUAAUUAACAUGUUAAAUCGUAAUAUCCAUAAUACCGAUGUUCACUUGGAUAAAGAAUUAUCACCAGAAAAAUUAUUGGAACAAACAAUUGAAACUAUAAAAUUAAAUGAUAUUGACGUUAUUAUUUGUGUACUUGGUGAACAAUUUAUGUUUACCGGUGAAGCUGCAAGUCGUUCAAAUCUUAAUUUAUUUGAAAUAAAAAAGUCGAUCUAG